AUGUCUACAGAAAUGGAAGUCGACCCUCCGGUGUUGCAGCAAGAAGAGGAAGCUCCCGCGCAGUCAAGCAAUGGUAGCCACGAUCCGAGAACGCAAGCGGGAGCCGUCGCAGUACGCAGUAUCGAGGGAUGGAUUGUCAUCGUGACCAAUAUCCAUGAGGAGGCUUCGGAGGAAGAUGUCACGGAUUUGUUCGCUGAGUAUGGAGAGAUCAAGAACUUCAGUCUAAACUUGGACCGCCGGACGGGUUACGUCAAGGGAUACGCCCUGAUCGAAUACUCAACUCUCCCCGAAGCAUCGGAAGCCAUCAAAGCCUUGAACGGCUCCAAACUGCUGGACCAAACUAUUUCGGUCGAUUUCGCCUUCGUGAGACCGCCUCCCUCGAACAAAGGAAAGGGUGGAGGACAGAGAGGUGGACGUGGUGGUGGUGGUGGUGGUGGCAGGAACCGCAGCAGAAGUCGUGAGAGGAGCCGCAGCCCUGGAGCCGACGAUGCCCGAGACUAA